CACUCCUCCCUUUACCUCUCUGCCUCUCUCUCUCUCCCUCUUCUCAGACCCUAGCCACUUCUCCUCGGAUCUGGCGCUCCCCAUGCGCCUCCACCUCUUCCUCCCGUCGUGCUCCACCUCGGCGGCUCGGCCUCCCAUCGCUGCCGCUCCUGCCGCCGCUUUUCCGUCCCGUCACCGGCGCCCGUGGUGACGUACUCGCAGCCGGCGCUCGCGAGGAGGUCAGUCCGGGGCCUCCGCGGCUGCGAGCUUCGCGUGGGCCCGGUGCGGCAGCAGGGCGCAGUGUCCCGGGAUGGCGCAACCCCCCAGGGAUGCGGCGAGCUGAUGCAGGUGGUGUUGCUCCGCCCCAUGGUGGCGGCGGGCGGCAGGCCACGAGCAAGCGGCUGUGCUGCGCGGCUACUGGGGGCGAGUGGGCCACCGCCGGUCUCAUCUUUCUUCCCCAUCACGAGGGCCGCACUGUCCCUAGCCUCCUCUCUCUCUCCUCCGUCGGGCGCCUCCUACAACUCUGGCGGCCAUUGCAGUGCCUAAAUCCAGCGGCCUGCAACCUGUUCGAGCAAAUGCCUGAAUGGUUGAGGAGUAGAUGCAGGAAGGAGCAAGCAGUUAGAAGAGAUUGGUUGAGAAUAAGAUGCUAGGAAUAAACAGAAGGCAGAAGAGAUAACAUAUGUGGUGUUUUGUUUUUUGUUUUGUACCAGAUUCUAUCAUUCUAAGUGUAUCCGGUAGUUCAAAAGUGGUUUUGCUACCUAUUUUUAUUUUAGAGUAUUUUUGUAUGUAAUUUGGGAUGCUAAAAUGGGCUCGGCCCACAUACGUAUAGAUUUAGAUUGGCCUCUAAA